UUUCACCCAUCACCGUCAUGUAUUUACCACAGCUUCACAGUUCAGGACGGACUAUGUGUCACUUCCGCCUGUGGAUGAAUACAUGUCUCUGCCCUGAUGGAUGCAUUUGCUUUACACUGUACAUACAGUGCAUACGUAACCAUUAUAUACUCACUACGUUGUGGAGUUAUAAUUUUGUUUGUGAUCAUAUGAUGUGUCCCUUGGUAGGCACUUAUGGAGUGGUCCCUGUAUAAAACUGUAUACACAGUUUCAGUUGUGCACAGUUUCAGAAAAUGUAUACACAGUUUCAGUUGAGAUCCGUAGAAGCAGGAAGUGUCAAGCGAGAUUCGCGACGGCCAUAACUAGUCAGGGUGUCCCAAAAGGCAGCCCGUCCCAAAAAGCCUAUACUCUUUGUACCGGUCCUAACUUGUAUCUGUUUUAGGGUUAACAUUAACAAUGUGUUUGAUUCAAUGGAUUCUGCUUUUAACCGUUAUUGCCCAAGUUGCUCUUGGAUCAUCGUCAACAUCAUGGAAUGGAAGUAUUUCUAUAAAUUACAAUGGCCCCAAUGUAAGAGUGGGCAAGGUCCUGAAGAUGAACUGUACAGCAUCAAAGGAGGUCGCCAAUACUCAGGAAUUUAAUGUAAAGAGGAUGUUUCUUCAGGCGGAUGGGAAAAAGAUGGAUGGUGUCAAAAUUCUAUCUGAUGUCAGCAUUGGGUUUGAAGAAAAUGUCACGUUUGAGAGUCCAGCAUUCUAUAGUUGUUGGUACAACUUUACAAUGUUGGCAGACAUCAACAUAUCAUAUGGAGCUCCACCACCAGAACCAGUGGUUGAAAAAUUCGUCAUCCAUAAUUGGGAAAAAGUUGAGCUCAAUUUGGGCCCAACUCAACAAAAGAUCAUUGAUACCACUGGUAACAAAUUCUACCCGAACAUCACCAUCCGUUACAGCUUUUUGAAUUGCAGUGAAUGCGGAAACGAAUGUACUGAUGUUAGGAAUUUGCAAUACUCAAACUGGCAUAACUGCAAUGUACAUGUAGAUGCUGUUCAAGAAUGUAAAACGGAUGAUUAUAAACGUCAUUCUACUGAUUUCUGGUACUUCUUUGUGGAGUACAGCAACGUCUUUGGAAGAAGCUGUGCUCUGUUUAAUAUGACGACAGUAGACGCCAUCAAACCACACCCUGUGGAGAUUGUCAGUGUUAGUGUGCUCAACAGUACAUCAAUCAAGGUUGAACUGAAACAAACCAGCAAAUGCCUGGAUAUGGUUUGCUUGUAUAACAUCACUCUCAGAGCCACAAACCUGGAACAUGAGAUUUCCUUCACUGAGUCAUCACCUUCGAACCCUUUUUUCAUCACCAAGAGUGGCUUGUACCCUCAUGGGGUUUAUACCAUUCUGGUGACAACUCGCCCAGAAAGUGGUGGACUCAGUAGUAAUGUCAGCAACGAAGAAAUUGUCCGUCUUUGGGAAGAUGUGCCUGCUGCUAACCCGGCCUUCAUUCCUGGCGCAAGAGAAUAUUACAAAGAGGUAGAUGGGAAGCAAGAUGUUCAGGUCUACUGGCAGGAAAUUCCAGAAAAGAAUAGAAACGGAAAGAUUACCAGUUUAUACCUCGAGGUCCAUCAGGGAAGUACGGCCAAUGGGGAGGCCAAGGAAGUGGAACCUGAUCAACUGAUGGCGAAACUCAGUUUGAAGAGUGGAGAAGACUACACAAUAACGUUGUCAGCUGCAACUCAGAAUGGGACUAAUACAACACUUCAACCCUCAGUUCUACAAAUCAAAGGCAAAACAGAUGGUGACCUGUGUGUUGUGACAAAUGUUGUAGCUGUCCAUGUCCAAGGCGCCCAACGUGUGAAUGUGUCUUGGGAGAACUGUGACUCUAACCAACCUAUCAAUCAAAAUGUUCUUUACAUGUGCCAGAAGAAACGAGAUGAAAAGGAAUGUGUGGGUCCACUACGUUGGAGAUUAAUUCCUUCAAAUAUGUCACAAGUCAUGGCCGACCUACCAGGCAAUGAUCAGUAUCGGAUUGGUGUAGCAAAUAUUGUUGGGAACUCAAGUCGGAUGGUGUGGAGUCCGUGUCUCUUCCAGCAAGGUGCAGAGCCAAGUGAAGGCCCUCAAGGCAGAUUUCAACAAAGUGGACCUGAUAUUGAAUACAAGCUUGACGGUUAUUACUGCAGGGAAAAUACGGGAAUUGUCCAAACUUUGAAUUUUAACGUCUGUGAAAGUAAAGAAGAUGGAAGUUGUAAAGAUCAGCAAAGAACCCUAACCGCGCCAAUGCCUGCUUAUUACCUGCAUAGAGAAGCCACAUUUAUGGUACCAGUUGAAAGGUUUAACAAGAAGUAUCUUGUGAGUGUCGUGGCCAAAUCAGAUGGAGGAGAAAAAAAUUGGGGCACAGACACUAUCAGUAUGCAACAACCGCAAGGUUCCGAUUCUCUGCACGACUACAUGUACUUAAUGUUGAUUCCUGGAGUACUCCUUGUCAUAUUGGUCAUAUGCUUAAUAGUGAAACGCUAUUACUACAAAGUUGUUGGCAAGACAUUAUCUGUGAAAGUGCCAGAAGUUGUGGGCAAAUUUGAUUACCUGGAGAAUCAAAGUAAUGAGCAAGAACCAGUCUAUGAUGAGAUAGAAAGUGGUGACAACAUCGCCAAUACGUCAGAUGCAAACACAGAACUCAUACGUGCAGUGACGAAAGAACAUCAUUUAUCCAACUCGAACGUAUCCACUGCAGAGACAUCGCUGAGCGAUGAUGUUCCUUCAGCUAUUUCAACCAGUAAAGAUGACUCUUCGGGAUUGGGCACAUCACAGUCUUAUGAUACCUCAGGCUCAGACGUGAGCUAUGCAAAGAUAACUCUUACAGACGACAGAGAACCAGCUGAUGAUGUCAUAUUGAACAUAGACAAUAAGUCUUCUGCUGCAGCCAUAUUGAACUUGGAUAGCAAUGCCAAUGGUGGCAGAAGUGUGCCCGGCUACGAGAAACUUCAAGACGUCAAACGUGUGAGGAAUCUUUAUGACAAACUUACACCUCCCCUGGGACAAGUGUUGCUAGUUUUGCAGGACAAUUUAUAUAUUCCUGAGCACCAAUCAAAGCAAACUGCAUCAGAUCUUUGUGUUGAUAAGACUUCAAAAGGUUUGGUUGGAAUAGACGUUGUCAAGGAUGAUCUCUUGAUGUCUGACAGUUGUGUGCAAUCCGGCAUGGACACGACAAGUGAUUCUGACAUUGAAAAUGGCAAUAGUGACAAUUCUGGCGAUAGAAAUAAAAAUGUUGCACCAACACUCUUCGAUAGGCUCAUGACUGCCAAUGAUCCAUCUAGCUCAUCAAGUGGUUCAAACACAGGUCAUACUGCAGAAUCCACCUCGCAGGGCUGUUCAAAUUCGAACACAACACCAAACCAUCUUUAUCGGAGUAAUUUGCAAGGAAGUGCUGACUCGUAUGAUAGUCACAGUGGUCAUUGGACAAGUUCUGCUGAGAGUAACCAGGAUUAUCGUCGAGCAGGCCCAGAACCCAUCGACGAGGCUUGUGGGAAGGUGUUUGAGCAUAUGCGCAGUGACAGGCAGAAAGGUGUAGAUUCGGUUGAUGAGAGUAAUGAAUCUCAAUCAUGAUCAAAUUGGAGUGUUCUCUUUAGAAAAACUCAAAUGAGAUCAUUUGCCCAUGUAAGGCCAUAGGAAUGAUUAAUCCUGUUUACCGUCCGAGUGAUUUAAAAAGAUGAUGAGGCUUUUUUUAAUUUUUCAUUAUUCAUUAUCGGUUUACAGUCUGAUUUACUGGUCAAAACACGCGAUUCAGCAAGUUCCAGUAAAUGGAAAUCAGGUCGGUCAUCAACAUGAGGCAUUGAAAAAAUGUCAUUAUUAUGAUGAAGAGCCUACCCUGCCAAGUUUUUAUUGUGUUUUUCAAUCAUUUAAGGUAAAGAUGAACCACUGGAAAGAUUAUUGAAAUAAAAAAAUGAUGGCAACAAUAAAAUAAAUAGAUUUUUUAAAAAAUAAUGAAAAUAUUUCAUGUUCGCUCAGAACCCAUGCGGGAGGUGGACGGUAAACAGGAUUAAUAAUUCUUAUGGCCUAAAAGAAAAGGUGCCAUGAAAUAAAGAGUUGAGCAAUGUAGGCCUAGUUCAUUGAAACGGAAAGUAUAUAAGGAAACGUUUUCAUGUGUGGUAUGAUAUAAUUGUCCCUUUGAAAGGGAAAGUUCAGACUAGGUCUGAGAAAGUACGACACUGUUGUCCCUUGUAAAGGGAAGCAGGAGUUUGUAUGAUGAGAAAGGUUGACAUUGGCCCUUUAAAAGGGAAAGUUCGAUAAUUGAUAUGAGAAAGUUUGCCUUUAAAACCUGGAUGUUCUCGGGCCAUUGUUGUUUUGUUAUUUUGACUUGUUUUCCCUUUAAAAAGGGGAAAGGCUAUGAACUCAGACUUGGUCUCAAUUCAUUCAGGCUUUGCUCCCAUUCAAAGUGUAUAAAGUGUUGUUAUGAUAUCGAUAGGCAUGAGGAGAGGGACAAGUACGGUGGCCCAUAGAGGACAUGCGUUUAUUUUCAAUAUAAUAGAACAUUUUUCUUUUUACAAUGCGUUUUUUUUUUCUCGAAUUACAACCGCAAGCCCGGCUUACCAAACAGCGACUUUUUCUUGUCCUGAAUGGAGAGCCGAACUCAUUAAUAUUAAAGUAAAGUCUCCAGCUCGCCAAACAGGGUAGAUUUUUCUCUGUUUGGCAAGCCCGGCUGGCCGAAGAGGGUGGCUUUUUAGUGCUGUUUGGCAAGCGGCUCUCCAAUCAGGACAAAAAAAAGAUGCCUGUUCGGCGAGCGGCUUGCCAAAUUUCUAUUCUAUAUAAUUAUUGCCUAUUUUCUAUUCAGUUUUGUUUGACCAUAACUUGUUUUGUUGUUUCCCCAAGUGCAUUUUUUUUCAUGCUCAUUUUCUCAACAAUACUCUCAACUUUGAUUAGUUGGUUAACCUGUAUCAAUACACGAUUAUAAUACUUCAUGUACAUGUAUGUCAUUUGGUGUAGGACACUGUUACUGUACUUUAUCAUGUAUUCAUGAUGUUUUAACCUGUACAUUUGCUACAAAAGAAUAAUUAUUUGAUAA